CGUUCAGCGUGGAAGUAAGCGGCGCCGGUGGAAAUAGCGAACAAUGCAUUCUAGAGCAAAGCUCAACAAAAAUACAGGGCCGAUAACAGCCUAUUGAUUUUUCAAAACGUUCGUUGAACCAAUCACAGGGAUAGGAUUAUUUUUAAAGGGUGAGGUUGUUUAGAAAGAUAGUGCGGGCGGAAAGAAGUAAUGUGUGUGUAGUUUUCGAAAAUUGUGACGAGCCGAGGCUCGGAAAAUACGAUAUGCAGGUGGCAACGCUUUUCCGCGAGUCCUCCACAUUACUGGGAGCGACCAUGGAGGCGGGCGGCACCGGGAAUGGCCAGGAUUCGGGCAUCUCCAGUCUCGGCCCUGGACCAUUGUCAUACGACACCUAUAGCCACCCUUCAGUCACCUUUUCCAACAAAUAUAAGCUUAACAUGAAAUUGGAGCCCCACGAUGAUGGUUAUGAAACAAGUGCUGAUAUGCUGAUGGGCACUGCCAAUGUUCCUCACAAUCAUGAUGUUAAAUGUGAAGUAAAAUGCGAAGAUCCAUAUAGUUUCAUUGACGAUGAUCCGAUCCCAAUGCUACCUGCAGCUCCAGGGCCCCUACACCUCAUGCACCCCAUGCCCCAGAUGAACAACCCACAGCUUAUCUCGGGACCCAAAAAGAGAGGUAGAAAAAAGAAAAUCAAACCAGAACAGCCUGAGUUCAGCCAAGAUUUGACUGCAGGAGUACCACGGCCUAUAAAAGAACGCAAGAAACAUGAUCGAUUUAAUGGCAUGCCAGAAGAAGAGGUCUCGAAACGAACUCUACCGGAUCAUCUCACAGAAAAUUUAGAUAUUAUCAUAAUUGGCAUAAAUCCAGGUCUCUUUGCGGCCUACAAAGGACAUCAUUAUGCAGGGCCUGGAAACCAUUUCUGGAAAUGUCUGUAUUUGUCAGGUUUGACACCACAACAAAUGUCGGCAGACGAAGACUAUAAGUUACUGCAAGUAGGAAUAGGGUUUACCAACAUGGUGCAGCGUGCUACCAAGGGUAGCGCUGACUUGACUCGGAAGGAGAUAAAGGAAGGUAGUCAAAUUCUGUUAGAGAAAUUAAAGAAAUUUAGACCUAAGAUAGCUGUAUUUAAUGGGAAAUUGAUAUAUGAAGUUUUUUCUGGGAAGAAGGAUUUCAAGUUUGGCAGACAACCAGACGUCGUUGAAGGUACUAAUACACAUAUGUGGGUGAUGCCAUCGUCCAGUGCUCGGUGCGCUCAGUUGCCCCGGGCUGCUGACAAGGUUCCCUUCUACGCGGCUCUAAAGAAAUUCAGAGAUUAUCUGAACGGACUUAUCACAGAGAUCGAUGAAAACGAGAUGGUAUUCUCCGAACCGAGAGUGAAGUCAUGUUAUGAAGCAGAACCUAAGCCAGACCCCUUUUCCCCGGAAUUAACAGAUAUCAGUAAUGCUGUGAUCCAAACUGAAGAUAGUAGCAUUAUACCUUGCAAGAAAAAGCGAGGGAGACCAAAGAAAAUUAAGGUUGAUGGUGAGGAGCCCCCGCCGAAGCCAGUAGUUCGGAAGCCUCCAGCGCCUCAAAACAAUAACUGUGAUUUCCCAAAGAAGAAACGAGGUCGGCCUAAGAAAGUCAAGGUGGAGAACAUGGAAAUGAACCACCAGCCAGACAACACAUCGACGAACAUGUCCCAAUGUUACUCGAACCCGUCACCCAUUCAAUCGCCGAAUAAUUUCUACCAAAUGACCCCACCAUCGAACUCUAACAUGUACGCUCCACAUCCUCCUCAACAACCGCCUCCUCAGACGUAUUCCCAGUCUCCGCACCCUCCAUACAGUCAGUCCCCUAGACCUCAGUACAGCCAAUCCCCUAGACCACAGUACAGUCAGUCGCCCAGACCCCAGUACAGCCAGUCUCCUAGACCACAGUACAGCCAGUCGCCUAGACCACAGUAUAAUAACUCUCCGAGGCCGCAGUACAGUCAGUCUCCGAGACCUCAUUCGCAACCAUUUACUCAUUCUGAUCUCAGCUCAGAAAUCAGCGCAGCGAUUAGCUCUGAGCAGCUGGGCUCCCCAGCUUCUCCUAUUGGUGCCCCAGAUUUCGAGCCUUUGUCCAGCAUGACCGAAGAAGCUGAGUGUAGGUUAGGCAGUCCUGCUCCUUCGACAAACAGCGAGCAGCCCCAUAAUCAGUAUCAGUAUCAAUAUGGGAUGGAACCACCUCCUGCUCAGCAGCCGGAGCCUCAGUAUGCUUCGCCAAGGCCAAACCAAGAUAUCGCUUCCAAAAGUCUCUCCGGAUUGGAAUCGCUGGUCGACCAAAUCCCGAGUAUAACAGAAGGAGAGGCUCCAAUGCCAGAUACCUCCGAGCAGUAUCAGAAUCAGUACAAUAACUACAAUGCGUCAUCAUCGAGAGCCAGUCCAGUACCGCCGUACAAUUACCCGGGUAGCAACGGAUACCCGAUUUACCCGACACCUACUUGGAGCGGCCAUUACGAUCCCGUGCCGCUGGGGUAUCCGCAAAUACCCCCUGCGUAUGCUCAAAACUACCAUGGGUCUAGCUUACAUAUGCCCAGUCCCAACUACUCGUACUAUAGUUACCCCCAAGCCACUACAGCCCACCCCCCAGGUUACCCCCCUUACUUGGGAGGAUUCUGAUUGGUUUCCGUCACUGUGUUUUCAUGUUGUGUACCUGUACCAUAUGUUGAGCUAGUACCUAGCAAGUCUGUCCGCUUGAGUACAGUUGGUAACUUGUAUACAGAAACAACAGAGACUUGCACAGGGUAAAUGGUGAUAUUUUUUUGUCAUAAGUAUUUUUCUCUAAUCUUUGAAUGUUAGAUAGGCCAAGGGUUUUGUGCAUUAUUCUGCAUGCAGAUCUCAGUCUAGUGUGCGUGUUAUAUGAGUGUGAGGUCCAUAGUUCUAAGGUACCGUUCUGACCAAAAGCAACCCGACUUCAACUCGAUUUCGUUUUGCGUUCCGACCGAAGCAAAUGACCAAUUAUUAGAAGGCGAAAUAUAAAGAUACCAUUUAUACCUUACAUAAGUAAGGCAUUUCUUAAAAAAAUCUAGUCAGAUCAAUAAAUCAGCGCAAUAUUAGUAUUUUUAUUACCAAGAGCAAAAACGUCAAUACAUAUCGCAUACGUAUGCUAUGAAGGGUCAGCAAGGUGGUCACGGACUCAUUAUUCUCACUUUUAGUUAUUUUUUUAUAUAGAUUACUCAUUUUUGGACGUUUCCACAAAGACAUAUUAAAUUAUUAAUGUUCAACCAAUCAUGUAAAACGCUUAUAAAGUUCCGUUUAAUAAGCAUGCUGUUUAGUCGCCCCAUCCACCCUCAAAAACCAAUUUUACUAAUUUUUUCUUCUGAAAUACUGGUUUUUCUCAUUUUAUUUUGAGAGCUCAGACGUGUGGGCGAGGGAAAAGUAACGCUCGUACACUACUUAUUUGCCUGUUACGCUAGUUGUAUCAACUUUAGCGUUCCUGGGAGAUUUUCAAUUUUGAUGCCCCAUUAAUACACUCCAAAGAACACAGAAACGAUGGAAAAAUACUUUUAUUCAUUUAUCGAGCAACUACACAUGGCGGUGCUAGCAACUGGUACGCGUUGCCGUCGAGUUGUGGUUGCUAGUUGCUUUCUGUGAGAACUGUUCCGAAGACACAACUGCCAAAUCGCUCGAGCAAACAAGUGCAAUAUAUUUUUUUUAAGUUUGUACUAUUAUUAACCUGUUCUCAGAUAUAGCUCAAAAGUGAUGGUUUUUAUCAUAAUUUUAUCGUAACUCCUUAACCAAAGGUUCCAUUACAUUACUAUGACGACAUCUUAACUCAAACAUAACUUUUGUUUAACAGGAGAAAGCUUUUUUUGGCCACUAUCAGGCAGAAAAGCUCAACACAAUUGCCCUGUCGGCCUUUCCUGUCCGAAGUGUGACAUUCUUCAGAGGUGACAUACUAAAAUCCCUCAUGUCAACCCAUUUGCCAUCGCUGACAUGCCUGGCGAACUUGUCAGCAGUAAGCCUCUCGCCGAGCGUCAAUUCGAGCCGUCUCUGGUAGUCAACCCAUCUAACACAUUAGAACAGAAUUAGGAGUAUCCUUCUCUUCGUCGAGGUAGAUGUCAAAACAACCAAGUCCUGUGAGGAACUGCAAUAUAGUAAUCUAUCCGCACCGCUCCCUUAACAAUCCAAGUUUUAAUAUCUAGGAUCAACCUUCUGGUCCAUGCAACAUAGCCAGCUUCAUCCCAUCCCUCCUGCCAUCUGACUAAACGCGCCUCUCGUCUCUUAUAGGUUCGGCGCCCGUUUUGCAGAGCGCGCAUCUGUCCUCGGCCAGCAAAUCAAUUGGCGGGAUACCCAGCCCCCACCACCAGACCAUCGGUCGACACCGUUCUGUAAGCGCAUACCACGCGCAACACUUUUUUCAAUGGCUUCUGAGCAUUAGCUGUUAUCAUGUUUUUCAUCGGGGUAUUGUUAUAAAGGGAGGUUUCGUACAGCAUAAUCGAGUUUUAGACUUUCACCUGGAAGACUGCUAGAUAUCUCAUAAAUUAUACCUUUAACUGGUACAUUAUUAAAUUCAAAUAAUUCAGUAAAUACAUUCACGACUCUGUUGUAAUACAUAGUGUGAUGGCUCUCAGUGUGUUUACGGCUUUUAAGCGUUCAGCUGCCGUUUGUUCGGAUUUUAUUACAGGGAACAAGCUUUUCCUCAGACUUUGGGUAAAAUCAUUCAUAGUGAUAAGAGAUUUUGUUUCUCUAUGCUUCUGCAACCUCUCUUGUUGAUAUGGUCUCCGCUGUCCCGAGGCUUUGCCUUUAUUCUUCUGAUGGCCACUCCUACCAGAAUCCUGCGCUUCUCACUACUGCGGCCUCCAUCAGAUGGCAUUAGCCAUAUCAGAGCUGCGACAACUUUAUUUACCUUGUCGCCAACUUAUAUGGCCGCAACAAUACGCGGUAUUUUUUGAAUGAGAAGUCAAUAAAUAUGGCAAAAAACUACUUUUGAACUAAAACGUAUUUACAACAGGCUGUCGAUAGGCUUAACGUCUUUCUCCAUUAUCGAAGUUUGAUAUAAUAAGCUGCACUUGAACCAUGGACUUAUUGAGAGAUAGCCUUAUGCAAUUUAGGCAUGGAAUUUUGAACCCAUAGGAGCUUUUAAUCAAGAAUAAAACAACAAGAUGGCACAAAACAUAUGCAAAUUUGAUGAAAAAUUCUAUAGUUCAUGUUGUACUGAUCAAAAAGCCCAAAAAUGCUUCCUCUUUGAGAUACACGGUGUCAAACAUUGGUGAAUUAACCCAUGUGGGUACCCAGGGUGAGGGUACUUAACGAUAUAAUGAAAUCACGUGAUCACAAUACUUUCACUAUUGGCAUCUCGGAAACUGCUAAUACACGACGUCGCGUCGCUUAAAUUGUUGAGCAUCAUUCCAAAACAAUUAUAUUUUUCAAUAGUUGGGCUUGAAUGUUUACCCGAUUAAAUCAACAGUGCUUCAGUUUAUGAUGGAGGCGCUCUACAUGAAACCUCAGAUUAAUGUGAUUUGAUUGCAAUACGUGUUAGCGAUUAAGAUAUGGCAGAUAUGAAAUGUAUUUAAGAAGCUGCAACAACGUCCAGGCUUUUACUUUAAAAUGUUUCCAUCUCAUAAAAUGAUAGCGUUUUCAAUACUAAAAUUGAAUAAUAUGAAAACGUUUUUCAUUCGAUGAUUUAAAACCAACUGCAGGAAGACCGCAAUUUAACCAUUUGAAGUUUUAUAAUAUCAAUCCAUGUCAUGAUAUUCUAUUAUAAUGAUUAUCACCUAUAACUGUUCAUAAAAACUGGACGGCUUGGCGUAUGAUAUAAAACAAAUAAAUAUCUGGCAAUUUCAAGGUCAAUCUAGAAAAUUCAGUUUUUUUGAAUGAACUAAGGUCUGGCAAUGACAAUUUCUGACAUAAUAAUAAUAUAUGUCUUUAUAACGUCACAGAAAACAUUAAAAGUAUGAUGCAAAUGGCGGAGUCUAGCCAUUGGCCAAUCUACUCGACCAAUAUUUAGAAAUAUAUAAAGAAAGUCUAAAUCAAGUAUAUACUAUAAACUAUAAUGAUGUCGUUUACUUGAUACUUAAUAAAGUAUCAAAUGUUUCUGAAAUUUUGUGUUAGUAUCCAUAAAAUAUAUUCAACAAAGAUUAAGUACUACCAAAAUUUUCGUGUUAUUGUGUGUUUAAAUACUUUCUUUUAAUAGUGCCUUAAAUUAUUAUGAUUUGCUAUAUUCCUAAUAUUGAUGUCUAAUUAUAGUAUUUGGCGGUGUUCUAUGAUUAAGAUACAUUUUUUUAUAUAAACUCUGUUCACCUGUACAAAAAUCCAAUAUGGAGUCCAUAAGAACAAAUAAAGUUGAAAUUUUAAUUAUGCCACCUUGUAUAGAAGAAACACUGGCAACGUGAAUGCAUGAUUUAUUUUAGAAUCGCACCUCAAAUUAUUCCAGGAAAAAAUAACGAUUUUGGGAUAAUUCGUUUUUUUUUUCAUCUUCGGAAAUACUCUCUCAGUUGUGGAACUUUCUAAGUGCCAGGCGUACCCUCAGUGGCUAAAGCUCUAAUCUUUGACACCCUGUAUCUCAAAUAGAAAGCAUUCCAACUAUCAAUAUCGAAUUUUGAUUAAAUUUGACCGGCGUUCAAAUUCCAUAUGUUUUGUGCCUGGUACUUUUCAGAAAGUAUAGCCGUUCUUGAAAAUCCGAUGCUAUUUCACUUUUUUGUCAUGUGGAGAGAAUUAUUUUGCCGGGUAAACGUGCAAUUCAACGUAAUAUUGUAGCAUUUGAUUGUGUGCUGAUUUGGUGGGUAUGUCUUUACUACUCACUAUUAUAGUUGUAGCCGAUGUCAUUCAUUAAAAAAUAAAACAUUUGUUAUAGCUCCACAGGUCUUCUUUACUUCCUCCCUUGUCCUUGCCCCUCACAUAUCACUUUCAAAGAAUUCGUCGCCACAAAACAUUCUGUAAGUGACGACAUAUCGAGAGUAAACAAUACAGCUACAAGAGAACUGAGAAACUAUAACCAUUAUUGUACCGUUAUAUGUGUUUUACAAAAAAUGUAUUUUUUUUCUACUAUUAAUACUCAUAAUAGGUUUCACUUUGUUUUUGUAAAUCAUUUUACUUCGAUUUUUGUACUUAAAC